ACCAAACGGACCAGUGUCCCCAGGGAUGUUGUUGAUUACAUUGUUUAUGGCACAGUUAUCCAGGAGGUCAAAACGAGUAAUGUUGCAAGAGAGGCUGCCUUGGGAGCGGGUUUCUCUGACAAAACUCCAGCCCAUACAGUCACCAUGGCUUGCAUUUCUUCAAACCAAGCUAUGACCACAGGUGUGGGUAUGAUUGCAGCCGGCCAGUGCGACGUCGUCGUAGCGGGAGGUGUGGAGCUAAUGUCAGACGUUCCCAUUCGUCACAGCAGGAAGAUGAGGAAGACUAUGCUGACUCUGAACCGGGCCAAGACUUUGGGCCAGAAGCUCUCUCUGAUUUCCAAAAUUCGCCCUGACUACUUUGCUCCUGAGCUCCCAGCUGUGGCUGAGUUCUCCACCAGCGAGACCAUGGGACACUCUGCCGAUCGUUUGGCUGCUGCCUUUGCCAUUUCCCGUUUGGAGCAAGAUGAGUACGCCCUGCGUUCACACACCCUAGCUAAGAGAGCCCAGGAUGGAGGCUUGCUCCUUGAUGUGGUACCCUUCAAAGUGCCAGGCAAAGAUACAGUUACCAAAGAUAAUGGGAUCCGUCCUUCCUCAAUGGAGCAGAUGGGCAAGCUGAAGCCAGCUUUUGUCAAGCCCUAUGGAACUGUCACAGCUGCCAACUCCUCCUUCCUG